AGUCAAGUCAAGAGUCAAAUUGUCAAUGAAACGCAAACGUUCAUGUUUUUGUGACGACGUACAUUUUGAUUAUUAACUAUAAUUUGUUGUAAAAAAUUUACUUGCUUUUGCUUGUUGCAUUACGAGUUCUUCAAGAAGAUUCUUUAGAAUUCAAAAGGGUUGCUAUGUUCUCUGAGUGAUUUUUAAGUGGUGAUUAUUUCUUUCGAUAUGGGGCCUUUCAUUUUAUUUAUCGUGGCAUUUAUCUUAGAAACGGGUGUGUCAGCAAUACAGGUGUCUUUGUCGGACAAUGGGCCUGCGGUGCGAGGUGCUGCUGUAACAUUUACAGCUAAUAUUACUUCAGGAUACACAGGAGAAAAUUUAAAAUUUGUGUUUUCUGAUAGCGCGACUCCACAGCACAGUCAAGAGAUUAUUAGCCCGAAUCAAACGGUAAACUUUACAGUUGAGUAUUACCGCGACAUUUAUGAAGCGAACCAAUACGAGGUUAAUUUGGAAGUGAAGAAAAAUUAUUUUGAAAGUCUAUGGUGGACCGUCGCAACAGCUUUUACGGCGUUUAAUCUAACAGAUACACUUCACGGUGAUAUGAUGCUGAAGCAGAACGAUGCAGAGAGACCCAAUAACUUCGUGGCCGUCAAUACUACCGUCACUCACUUCGUAAAACUCCACGAAAGUGAACUAGAGUUCUUGAAGAAGAACGCCUCAUCAAUCCAAACCCACUGGUUCAUAGACUGCGUCUACAUAGACGCUACUUCUGACUUCUCUCUAAAUUAUACGUACGAAGAUAAUAUGGGUAGUCACGAAGUAGAAGCGAUAGUUGUCGCCAACAACGAACCUUUGCCACCGUUGACGACAACGACCACGACGACAACCACGACUACAACUACUACAACAACUACGACUACGACUACAACAACACUUAAACCUACGACAAGUGGUCCAACAACACCUAAAGCAUCAACAACAAUAGUUCCUACAAAUGCUUCGUCAACUCAAUCACCGACACAGUUGAAUGUCACCGAUGUAAACAGUACUGCACCUCACAAAGUUACUAAACGUGCCAUCUCUAAUAAAACUUUGAAAGGCCCAGAUGGUUCGCCACUGACAUGCAACAACACAAUCCCAAUAAGCAACGGGUACACCUUCGGAAGAUACCGUCACAACAUAUUUGUUAGAGAGCCGAUAACAACAGUGAACAUAACUGGAUUGAACUGGCUUCAGCACGGGGACCUUUUGAACAUGAAUGUGAAGUACACAGGCUCCCAACCCUUCAACUACUGCAUACAGUAUAAGUUAGGAGAAUACAAUAUCACUGGAAACGAGACCUGCGCCUCGCCAAUGACAACAAUCGCCAAUUCAUUCCCUCUAGUCCAUUACUUCUCAGACAGCGACAAGCAUACAGUUAUAGUGAUUAUAGAAAAUGAAAUAGGAAAGUCUGUUGCGAAAGCCACUAUCAAUAUUUACAAAGUGUCGGUGCACGCGCAGCUGUCCGUCAUUGUGAUACCUGUGUUCUUCUGUCUCGUCGCCGUCAUACUAGUCGUGUUUGGUAUUGCAUAUUAUCAGCAUCGAUCAAGGCACACGAUAGAGGUCGCGGACUUCGACUUCGGUCAAGCGCACCUCGACUACAAAACAUUCACGGAGCGACUUCGAGACAGCUUUAGAAACGCCUUCAAUUUCCGCCAGAGGGACGACACAGAUCCUCUCACGAAUAACACUAGAUACGACUCAAUGACGUAAAUAGAAUGUAACCAAGUACACAGCAAAAGAGUUUAGUUAGCAGGCAACAUUAUAACGAGGUUUAGUU